AUGCCAUGGCUCGAUGUUUAUGCACUGGACAAACAUCUCUGUCGGAUUAAGACAGAGCCCGGCUGGACAGGUCGGGAACUGAAAGAAGCGAUCGAGGAAGCAACCGGCUGGGACUACCUGGUGUGCACACAGCAGCUGGCCGUGGGCACCACGCUGAUUACUCACGAUGUCCAGCUGGACUCAGUGGUCACAGGCGACGCGGAUGCUUCGAUGACGCGGCUGCCGGAGCCUGCCAACAUACAGGCUUUCACUGGAGACAGGCAAGCACUUGGGCUCGCUAUGCGGCCCUUGGAGAUUUUCCCCAUCGUGGCGAUGGAGCUGCCGCCGCACGGUCUGCUCUUCGAUGCCUCGACUUGGCAGCAGUGGGAUGCCAUGGAGGCUGCGGGCAAAGAAGCCUACCGGUCCGGAGAAGAAGGCGAAGCUCCCGAGGUCUUGAGGCACCGGAAGUUCACGGCCGAGAUGCUGUCGAAUCCCCUAUGGUUUCCAUGGGAAUCCCUCGUAGGGAUUCCACACUCCGACGUGGCCGCUGUCCUCGCUCUGCAGGCUUCAGCCUUCAUGAUAAGAGAUGGCGUUUGCUGGCUGGCUGCAGUGCUCCUACUGCAAAACGGCGAGCUACUGGCCACCACCGUCUUUGUGUACACUUCCUGCAGACCGAUCCAGUUCCGAAGCCUGGAGACUUCGGCCAGUUUGCGAGCAAAGUCUUGGGAGGAACUCCGACGUUUGGAACCCGGAUUUGCGGCGGCCAUGGCGCGGCGGGCGUCUUCGGACUGGGGGAGAACGCCAGAAGAAGCCCAGGCGCCGAAGCCGAAGCCCAUCAUCGGACCAAGGCGGAUUGCCGGCCGUUGGAUUCCCGGCGGCUGGACAUGGGCUAGCUUCCUGCGGGAGUGGAUGGCCGAGACGGGGGAGAAGGAAUUGUUUAAUCCAGAAGACGUGCAGGGACUCCCGGCAUGGCCUGCGAUGCCCUUCGUCUCCCCUCUCCGGCCCAUUUCGCGCGACUUGCUCGAAGCUUGUAACGAAGCGGCGGAGCACUUGGCAAAGUGGUACGAGAGUGUCCGCGAGGUCCACGAAGUCUGUGGGGAUCCAGAUCGCCGCUGGAGCUUCGGCAAAGGCAUCGGCAAGGGCAAGGGCACCCCAGCGUGUCAGCAGUCCUUUGCCAACGCUUUAACGGAACUCCGGAGCCGACUCUCUCACUACCCGCAGUUUCAAGGCAUCUUGGUGAGGCUGGAAGAUGUCGCUUCGCCAGGGAAUACAUCCUACGAUCUUGAGUCCUUGGGUGCUGCCGCAGUGCAGGACUACGUGGUGGAUUCAGUCUUUGGGCCAAGCCACGAGAUCAUGUACGACGCCUGGGUUGCCGAGCGAGCCAAACAAUCCGACACCACUGGGGCGGGAUACGGCGAGCAAAGUCGAGCCUAA